UUACAAUGACCCGGGUAUAAAUACCGCUGCGCGCAAGGAGUAGUUAGUCAUUUUUCCAAAAUCAAAGGAAAGAAACUAAGGAACAGGAACGAACUGUGUUUUAUUCUAACCCUCCUUACUUUUGAUAAGCUACUAUUCUUCCUUAUUCUAUAUUUAGUCUACCAGACUCUCCUUCUACCAUGGGUGGAUUAUUUCAAAGAAAUGUAUUAGUGGCAGCAGCGGUAUGCUGCUCUGUGCUGGUCCCGUCGGUGCUGGGGUCCCCGGUGUUAGCGCAAGAGCCGAUCCGAUGCGCUCCGUGCUCGCCGGAGAAAAUGAGCGAGUGUCCGGCGGUGGCGCCCGGCUGUGCGGAGGUUCUGCAGGAGCCGGGUUGCGGAUGUUGCCUCGCUUGCGCCCUGAAGACGGGGGAUCUGUGCGGAAUCUACACGGCGCCAUGCGGGUCCAGACUGAGGUGCACCCCGAGACCCGGCGACCUCCGGCCGCUUCACUCCCUCACUCGCGGCCAGGCGGUAUGCACAGAGAUCCCCGAGCCCGAAAGGAGCCCUGUGCCCCAAAACCCCGACCAAGGAGAGGUGGACAAUGCCGAGACAGAAAACGCUGCCAUGGUGUCGGACCCCGGCUCCAGCCUCUACCUCCCCGGCCACAGCAAACCCUUCGAUCCCCGGGCCGCCGCGGACGCACAGGAGAGCAUGAAAGCCAAAGUCAACGCAAUUCGAAAGAAACUGGUGGAGCAGGGUCCCUGUCAUGUGGAGUUACAGAGAGCUCUGGAGAAGAUCGCUAAGUCACAACAGAAGCUAGGAGACAAACUGACCAGGUUCUAUCUGCCAAACUGUGACAAACACGGACUCUACAAAGCCAAACAGUGUGAGUCAUCUCUUGAUGGACAGAAAGGCAGGUGUUGGUGUGUGUCCUCCUGGAAUGGAAAGAAGAUUCUGGGAUCCACAGAUCUGCAGGGAGAUGCUGAGUGCUCUUAUGAGAUCAACCACUGAUGCAGAACACGCACGCAUGCGCGUGCACACACACACACACACUAAACCACUGUUUUUUAAAAUUCCUGUUAUUUAUUAAUUGUCCAUGGUGGUGUUUGAUAUUCAGGUACACACUGUCACUGUUAAUAUUUUCAUGCAUUUACUUUAACUCUACAGCCUUAUUUAUUUCACAUUAUAUAUCUCUUAAUUUUGUUAUUUUUAUGUUAAGAAUAUGUAUAUAAUUUUUCCUUAUUGUUAUUAUUAUUAUUAUUGUUAUUAUUAUUAUUAUUAUUAUUAUUAUUAUUAUUAUUUGUGUAUUAUUAUCAGUGUAUAACGUUUAUAUAUGUAUCUAUGCCCUGAGUUACUCCAUAUUGCCGAGUUGAUCUCGCUCUGGUCUUUAGGAGUUUGUCUGCUGGUUUACUUUUUAAAACGAACCAAACAAGAACAAAAGCACUGUGUGACCAAAAUGUAUUUUAGAAGGAUUUCAAAAUGUUAUUAUGUUACUAUUCAUUGUUUUUCAUGUUCAUUGUCAUGGUUUAUUUGUUGUGGGUUUUUUUCUGAUGUGAUUCAACAUGAUGACACUCAACUACAUCAGUGAAUGCAGAAAACAACUCAUUUGGGCAUACUUACCUUCUAAGAAACUCAAUAUCCCAUGGUCCUGUGGGGUUUGCAGAAUUGCAUGAUGGGAAAUGCUCCUGUAUUGCCCCUGUUCUGACGGGUAUCUACCUUGACCUACCUCCUGGUGUUUGUUUGUCUCUGCUGACAGGUUUGACCGUGUUUGAUUUGUGAUGUGUGUGCUCUGUCUACAUGCUGCUGUUGGAGAGAAAGAGAGAGAGAGAAAGAGAAAGAGAAAGAGAGAGAGCGAGAAAGUGAGAGAGAGAGCGAGAGAGAAGGAAAGAGAAAGAGAGAAAGAAGGAAAGAGAGAAAGAGAGAGAGAGAGAGAGGUCAAUUCUAUUCCAAAGUGACUGACUGCUCACUCAUGUGUGUGGACACUUUUGUAAUUGAGUUGUAUUGUAAAGAAAAAAGGUGAUAUAUUUAAUAAAAACGUUUAACUUCAAA